CCAGAGCCAACUACUGUGCUGCUGCCUCCCGCUGCAGGAGUGCAGCGUGUCUCCUUACCCAGGCGUCUCGGCUCCGGGAGCCCUAGUCCGGAGUGGGCCGUGGUGGACUAGGAACAGGCUCGCAGGGAGGGGGUCUGCACGGCCACAGUGGAGCUCGGGGAGUCGGGGAAGGUUCCUGAGACCUUUGAUGACAUCACCCUGUACUUGCUGCAGGAAGAGUGGAUGCUGCUGGGUAAGCCACAGAAGGACUUCUCUACUUCUGACAAGCUGACAGCACUUCUAGGAGAAUCCCACGUGAACUGUAUGGAAGAGAUAGACAAGCAGGGUUUCACCAGAGAGGAAGGAUAGUACCUGCCACCUCAAAAGAAAGCUUGCCACGCUCACUUCAAUACAGAGAGCAGCACAACAGAGGAAGACUGGACAGGAGGAAGCAAGAAACCCCCAAAUCCUUGCUCUAUCCAGAAGAUGUGGUUUACAAAGUUCCCGUGGUUGAUCAUGAAUGACAAACAGACAGCUCUGUUUUGUGCUAUCUGCUGAGAAUACCCAUCUGUCAAGGACAGAAGGUCACGAUUAAUAGAAGGCUACACGGGACCAUUCAAGGUGGAAACUCAAAUACCACGCCAAGAGCAAGGCCCACAUAUUCUGUGUCAGUGCCCCAAGGACCCCAUCUGGGCAGCCCACCUUCAGAGUCUCAGGGAGAGUCCUGCAGAUAUCCUGGCUAGCCCUGAAACCUCCUCACUGAAGAUGACCCCAUACUCUACCUGCCAGGGCCUCUGGGGGGCUUAGAUGGCCUAGGUGAGCUCCUGUCUAGCCCAAGAGCUGAACCAGAGGACACUUCAGGGAGUGGAGCCAUCCCUGCAUUAUAUUUAGACUGCGAGCCAGAUCUGAGGCAAAAAGAAAUUGGCAAUGACAUCUUCAGUCCCUCAAAUAGCAGCACAUUAUUUAAGGACAGUAUUGAUUUCUGUAGCCAGAUAGGAGUUCUCUGUUUAACUGCCUUCGCUAUCCAGGAGCUUGCUCUGUAGACAGACUGGCCUCCAACUCACAGAGAUCUGCCUACCUCUGCCUCCUGAGUGCCGGGAUUAAAGGAACCUCCUGACCAGGAGUGGCCGAAGAACUCCAGGGUGUCUGGGGAGCUCCCUGCAACGUUUGAGGACUUGGCCGUAUAUUUAACCUGGGAGGAGUGGAGCCUGCUAGACAAGCAGCAGAAGGAGCUCUACAGGGAUGUGAUGCAGAUGAACUAUGAGCUGCUGGCUUCCCUGGAUGUACCUAGUGAUUCCUACUGUGGAGGAUGAAGACAUGGCCUCUUACGCCACCCAGGUCCACUUCUCUCCCUCCAUCCUCUCAGAACAGGAACAGCAAACUUUUAUGAUUACAUCAAUGGAGAAAGAAUAUGGUGGCAGCGAGAGAAGUCCACAGCCAGACCCAGGCCUUAGCUAUGGAGUCUGUCUCACACCCAGCCUCUGUGGAGACAUACAUCGAGCACUGCCCUCCCAGCAUGGGUGGCGGAGAAGUGGGUGGACCCAGGAAUGUCAAGAGCACAUCCAGGCCCCGUUCCAUUCAGAGGUCAUGGUUUGGUCAGUUUCCCUGGUUAGUAAUGGACUCCAAAGGGAUGAAGCUGUUCUGCUCUUGUUUGCAUAGAAAGACCAACUCUCCACGACAAGUCGUCCUGCUUGGUCCAAGGCUACACUGGGCCUUUCAAAGUGGAAACUCUAAAAUAUCAUGAGGUCAGUAAGGCACACAAACUGUGCGUCAACACCGUGGAGGUCAGAGAUGACAGCCUUCAGCCUGCUCUCACCCCAGAGAUCUCCAGUGGCCUCAUGGCCCACAUGGAGAACUUCUUCAAAGCUACCUACUCCAUUGUCUACCACUCCAGGCCUCUGAAUGACUUCCAGAAGGUCUUGCAACAGUUCCAGAACAUUGGCACCAUGCUAUUAGGCAGGUACCGGAACCGCACUGCCUGUACCCAGUUCAUCAAGUGUAUCUCCGAGACUCUGAAGAAGGAAAUCCUAAGAGAUAUCCGGAACUCCCCGUGUGUGAGCCUGCUAUUGGACAGCUGCGUUGACUCCUCCAGCCAGGCCUGCGUGGGGAUAUACAUGCGCUACUUGAAGCACACGGAGGUGAAGGAGUCCCACAUCACCCUGGCCCCUCUCUCCAGUGAGACAGUAGAUGGGUACUUCGAGACCAUCAUUGCUGUCCUUGAUGAGCUGGACAUCCCUUUCUGGAAGCCUGGCUGGGUGGUGGGCCUGGGGACUGAUGGGUCUGCCAUGCUGAGCUGCAAGGGAGGCCUCAUGGAAAAGUUCUGGGAGAUCAUCUCUCAGCUGCUGCCUGUGCACAGUGUCGCCCAUCGGCUGCACGUGGCUGUGGUGGAUGCCUGUGGUAACAUUGAUCUGGUGAGGAAGUGUGACGGGCACAUCCGGACUGUCUUCAAGUUUUAUCAGUCCUCAAACAAGAGGCUCAGUGAGCUGCAGGGUGUUGCAGUCCCGCUGGAGCUGGAAAUCAUUCGCCUGAAGGACUUGAACGCCGUCAGGUGGGUGGCCAGCAAAAGGCGCACUCUGAAUGCAUUCAUCGUGAGCUGGCCUGCCCUGGCUGGGCAUCUCCAGAGUGUGGUGGAGGCCGGGGGCCAGAUUGGUCAGAGGGCCAAAGGCAUGCUGAAGCUGAUGAAGGGCUUCCAUUUCAUCAAGUUCUGCCACUUCAUUUUGGAUUUUCUGAGCAUCUUUAAGCCUCUGUCUGAGGUAUGCCAGAAGGAUCUUAUGCUGGUCACAGAGCUGAAUUCGACCCUGGGGCAGGUCUAUGUGAGGCACUGGAGAGUCUCCACCGACAGGCAGGGCCUAAAGAAGAAGAGUUCAAUGCUGGCUUCCAGGAUGGGCAGUUCCAGGGCAUCUUCCUGAACAGAGUAGAGAUGGCUGAGCAGCAAUUCCAGGCAGACAGAGAGAGAAUGAUCCUGAGUACCUCCAGCAGAGGUUUGGUACAUACCGGCUGGCACAGCUCAGGAACAUGGAGGUGUUAGACAGCAUGGCCUGGCCUCGCGGGACCGAUCUGGCCUGCUUCGGGAAUGGUGGCAUUCUUGGCCUUGCCAGGUACUUUGCACUUUCUCUCCCAGCGGGAUACAGCGAGGAAGCGCUGCUGAAGGAGUGGCUGAGCCUGAAAGCAGCUACCCGCAACCUUCCAUUCUCCGAGGUGUGUAAGAGCGCCCUAACUCAGCACUGCCGAUUCCCUCUGCUGAGCAGGCUCGUGGCUGCGGUGGUCAGUGUGCCCAUCUUCCUGUUGCGAACGGGGGUUCAAGGCCAUGAGCAGGAUCAGGACAGAUGAGAGGUCUCCAAUGAGGUGCUCAACACACUCAUGAUGACAGCAGUGAAUGGGGUGGCAGUUACAGAGUAUGACCCUCAGCCAGCCAUCCAGCACUGGUAUCUGACCUCUUCAGGAUGCCGCUUCAGCCAUAUCUAUGCCUGUGCCCCGGUGCCUACCUACUCCCAUGCCAGUAAGUAGGCAAAAUCAUCAGUAUGGGAAACAGGAGCCCCACGUGCUCCCAGUUCUACACUGAGCCAGAGUCUAAGCAAGUCAGCCCACAAAGGAGGGGCCUGUGGAGUACUGCAGAGUGCUUGAGCAGAGACUCAUCUCCUACUUCACUGUCCGUUUGUGGUGCCAGGGCCGUCAGGCUCCCUGCAGAGCCUUGGUCACCCCGAUACUGAAGCCCGCUGCCAAUGACCACAGGCUCAGAGGUAAAAUAACAGUGGGAACAGUGGGAACAGUGGGAAGAUGACUGUCUAGAAAAGCAGGAGACAAACCCUCUGUGUUCCCUCUGCAGUGUGGAGAGGGGAAGGAGGUUUGUCAUCUCUGCUCUUCCCUGCAGAGCCACUUGCAGGAAGGAGCUAGAGACAGAAGAACUAUCCUGAAGAAGCAUACAACCCAGCUAGAGAGACCUGUGGAGAGCCGCAGCUGCCACCCUAAAGCAUUGCGAUAAACAAGCCCUUAUUUGGAAAAGCUGAGUGCCUCCAGUUUGUGAUGCAAGCUGGCAUGAUUUCCCGCAGCCUAUUAUGCUUUG